AUAUGUCGUUCGAGAAAAUGGCGGCGUCGUCUUCUGCCAAAUUUUUUGUACAUCAAAAUCAAAAUAAAGCAGCAAAUUUAAAUUCUUCCAGUGCUGCUUCUGCAUUCGCCGUUGAUGAUAGUGACGUUGUUGAGUUCAUUGAAUUUCCAUUGUCAACCAUCAUUUGUCUAAAUAACAGCAGUAACUCAAAGGCGAUUAUAAAUAUUUUCACAAAAACCUAAAGAAAUUGCCAAUAAAUUUAACCAAAUCGCAAAUAAAUUACGUGCUUACAAAAAACUAAUUCAAAGGCAACUAAUAGAAAAAUGAAUAAUGUGAUAAAAAGUGUGUAAAUAAAUGUGUGGUACAACAAAAAAAAAGUGAAAAUUUAAUAUCAAAAGAAACACACAAUUAUCAAACCCAGUUAAAAAAAAUAUAUCAGACCACAUCUAUCCCCUCAACAUAAAGUAGUACAUAAAGGCAACAACAACGACGGCAGCAGCUGUGGUGGCAGGCAAGGAUAUUGUUAGCCAUUUAGCCAACCAGCCAGUCAACAAUUAAUUGCAACAGCCUUUGCAAAUAUUUUGCAGGAGACUGCAAGUGUCUACUAAUUUCUGACAUUGAUCGUAAUAUGAAAAAGGGGCCUUGUAUUUGGAAAAUUUAUAUAUCGAUAAACAGGCGACAGUGGCAACUAAAUGAACAACAAAUUAGUUCUAUUCGCAAGAACAACAACUAAAACAACAAGAAUUUAAGAGAACGAGAAACAACCACAGACCACCAAAAUCUUAAAACUCAAUAUUAAACAUAGAAAAAGUGAAAUUAAGCAAAACAAAAUACCACAUUUAUAAUCUACAAUCAUGAAACGAAACGUCUAAUAAUAAACAAUUAAUGCAAAGACAACAAUAAUCAUAAUACAAAUACGUUUAAUCCCCAUAACGCUGAACAAGCGUUAAAGUACGGAUUUGUUUACGGUAACUUUAGAAAAAACGGUCUUUAGAUCGUUUUGUCGUUUGUUCAGCAUAAAGAUCUCAGCAAAAAGUGUUUUAUAAUUUUAUAAUAAAUUAUCUCUUCAUCGUGUAAACAAAAAUCAAUAUUAAUAAUAAUAACAAUAAUAUUAAACCAAAAGAGAUACAAACAAAAAAAAGAACACUCAAUAUAAUUGUUAAAAAAAAAUCACCAAAUAUCCACAACAACAACAACAACAACAGACAGCAACAUUUACAUCUCCAACGCAAUGAAUUCAAGUCAACCUACACAAGCUGCACCCGGCAAUCGUAUUACGUUUACAAGCCAAACAUUGCCCAAUGGAACGAUUAAUAUUGGAGGCGCACAUGGCGGCUCGAUUAUAUCGACGUCACAACUGCCGAAUACGACAACAAUCAAGACAAUAACAUCAAGCGCUGCUGGUCAGCAGCAGCAUCAUUCAUUGCCCCAACAGGUACAAGUUCAGCAUCAUCAGGUUUUACAAACAGCCAGCCAGCAACAGGGCAAUCCGUCAAAUGCCCAAAACCAGCAACAAUCAGUAGGUGCCACACAAACCCAAACAUUAGUUAUAAAAUCUAAUCAUGCUGUCUCAUUGCCGGCGGGUAUUGUCUCAAGUGCACCCGGAAUUGUAACUAUGACCAAAACCAUACAACAGGGUAAUCAACCAUUGCUUAAUUCCAUCUUACCAGCUGGUGUAGUAGUAGGCAUGCGUCCUCCAACUGCCCAACAACAACCAAAGAAUGUCCAAGGAAAUACAGUGGGAAGAAUGGUUAUUGGCGGACCACAUAUGGUGGGAACUAGACCCCAAAGUCCAGCGAUAACAUUAAGUACACUAACCCCGGGACAGACGCCUGCACUCAUUUUGAAAACUGAAAAUGGAUUUCAAUUAUUGCGCGUAGGGACGGCUACGUCGGGUCCGGUGACACAAACAAUUGGCACUAAUUCCACAAACCCACCACAAAUACGCUUGCAAACUGUUCCAGCUGCUGUAAGUAGAUUCACAGGGCCACCUUUAGCACUACGUAAAACGAUUGUAAGAUCAUCCACUUCCACCUCCACUACCACCACAACCACCCAUCACCACCACCACCAAUCGCAACAACAGCAAACGCAACAACAGCAACCGCAACAACAAGUAAAAAAACAACAUCAGCAACAGGCAACAACUACAUUGAAACAGAUUAAACAAAAUUCUAUAUCAAAUACCUCAACCGCCAAUAAUAUAGUGGUCAAUUCGGUGGCUACUUCCAAUUCUCAGCCGACACAUGUGUAUACGUCGCAAUCGAACAUAUCAAUGCAGCCACAUCAUACAACAACGAAUGCUGUUGCCUCUAUGCAGCAACAUCAUCAGCAACAGCAGCAGCAACACCACCAGCAGCAGCAAUUCCAUCAGCAGACUCAACAUCUACAAUCACAACCCCAAAUAACACAGAUACAGACAAUACCAGCCCAACAAACAAAUCAAAUGCAACAGAACCAACAGCAACAGCAUCAUCAAACGAACACCAACAACAAUACUUUGCAUAAUAAUGCCAAUAGUACGAACAAUAUUAGCGGUACAACCACGAUGACAACCACCACAACAACGCCUCAAAGUGCUACCGCUCAGGGUAAUACCAAAGAGAAAUGUCGUAAGUUUUUGGCAAAUUUGAUAGAUCUGUCGACACGUGAACCGAAACCGGUUGAGAAGAAUGUUCGAAAUUUAAUACAGGAACUGGUGAAUGCAAAUGUUGAGCCCGAGGAGUUUUGUGAUCGUUUGGAAAGAUUAUUGAAUGCCAGUCCACAACCAUGUCUAAUAGGAUUUUUAAAGAAAAGUUUACCAUUGCUGCGGCAAGCUCUGUUCUCUAAGGAAUUGGUAAUCGAAGGAAUUAAACCACCGCCACAACAUGUGGUGGGUGGUAUCACCAUACAGCAACAGUUACCGAAAAUUCAAGCACAUAUCCGUCCCAUUAGUCAAAAUCAAACCACAACCAUUGGACAGACUCAAGUGCGUAUGAUAUCACCUGCCUCGGCUACAAGACCAAUCGGACAUACCACGAUAACAAAACAGCCAAUGAGCGGUAUACGCAUACAGGGACCUGCGAAUGGGCCACGUCUGUUAAAUACUCAAAUCAGGGGACCAGUGCCGCAACAUACAAAUGCACCGCCACAUCUGCAAACAGCACCAACACAUGCGAAUAUUGUUCAAAUACGAGCUCCAACUGCAACACAACUUAAUCGUCCUGCCACUGUUCAAAUACGUACGGCAAAGGGUAAAAACACAACGACAACUACAGCUAGUCCUGGUAUAACGCAUGUUAAAGUGGGCCAAACUCAAAUUAAAGCGAUAUCCUCAUCGCCCUCACCCGCCCUCAUAUCAUCACAACCUCCCUCGUUGGCUGCCAUUUCGAAUAGUGGGCAGAUGGCGUCAUCAAAUCUAUCUUCAUCGGCAUCCAUUAUUUCGACGAUCAAUUCUGUCGCUAGCAAUUCAAUGGGUAGCGGGACAAGUUUACCGGUGCCAUCAUUACCCACCGUGCAAUUACCACCAGCCGUGCUGGCCCACCAACAGCAGCAGCAACAGCAAUUAAUCAACUCAGCCAACUCUUUAAUUAGCACAAAUACCGCAUUGCUGGAAUCAAUGAAGGCUUCCGAAAUUAAAAACGAAAUCAAAACAACCCCAUCAAUAAUAACAACAAACUCCUCCACCAUCAUGUCGUCAGGUAUAACGACAUUGCCACACUCGUCUAUAACGACACUACAUACACCUAUAACGGCUAACAGAGCUCCUGCCAAAUCAUCUGCCUCUUCUGCUAGUAAAGCGGCAGCGAAAAAGAAAAGAGAACUGGCUGAUAAAGAGCGAGAUGAUCAGAAACUCACUACUUCGACGUCGGCCACGAGUGCGGCUUCGUUUUUCCAACAACCUUCCAUAUCAAUGUCAUCGUAUGGUGACGAUGACAUCAACGAUGUUGCCGCCAUGGGUGGCGUUAAUUUGGCCGAAGAAACCCAACGUAUUCUCGGUUGUACGGAAAACAUUGGCACCCAAAUACGUUCAUGCAAAGACGAGGUCUUUCUGCACUUACCCUCGCUGCAGGCACGCAUACGUGCGAUGGUAAUGGAACGUGGCUUAGAGGAACCAUCACAAGAUGUAGCUGUGCUAAUCUCUCACGCAUGCCAAGAGCGUUUAAAAAAUAUUGUUGAAAAAUUGGCAGUGAUAGCGGAACAUCGCAUAGAUGUUAUAAAGUUGGAUCCUCGCUACGAAGUUACAAAAGAUGUGCGCGGACAAAUAAAAUUUCUGGAAGAACUUGACAAGGCUGAACAAAAACGUCAUGAAGAAAUGGAACGAGAAAUGUUAUUGCGUGCGGCAAAGUCACGCUCGAAAAUCGAAGAUCCCGAACAGUUAAAAAUGAAAGCGAGGGCAAAAGAAAUGCAACGUGCUGAAAUGGAGGAACUAAGACAACGUGAUGCCAAUAUGACAGCUUUACAAGCUAUUGGUCCACGUAAAAAGUUAAAAUUGGAUAGUGAAGGUGCUAGUAGUGGUGCGGGUUCUGGUACAAAUAAUGUGUUAGGACCAUCAGCCGCACCAGCGCCCUUGAGGCCGCGUAUUAAACGUGUUAAUUUGCGUGAUAUGCUCUUCUUUAUGGAACAAGAACGUGAAACGUGUCGAAGCCAAAUGUUAUUUAAGGCAUAUCUUAAGUGAUGCAUUAUUUUAAGGAAAAUCCCCCAACAAACAACAACCUACAACCUACAUAGUGUAAAAAUUGUAAUUUUCUUCAAUUCUACUUCCUACUCAUGUACUACUACUCCUCCUCCUGCUCCUACUUCAACAACUUUUUACUACUUUUGUCAUCCUCUUCUAUUUUAACUGAAUAUUAUAAUUAUUACUGUAACUAUUCUAAACUACUCAUACUUCUUUCUCUGUUAUUUAUAUUUUUAAUUGAUUUACUUUUAACUAAAAUUUUCCUUUCUUACCGUUUCUUUUAUUGGUUCUUGUCAUUAAUUAUUAUUAUUUAAAAAAAAAGAAAAUCAACGCUCUUCUUUAUUAUCAAAUUGAUUAACAACAAUAUUUUGUUAGAUAUUUUUUCUUUUUUCAUUUAUAUUAUUAUAAUCUUUUUUUUUUUGUUUUAGUUAUACAAUUAUUUAACAUACUGCUUCCACUAGAAACAACAAACAAGAGAAAAAAAAACAAAUAUUUAUAUGUAAAGUUUCGUAUUUUUUUUAAAAAAUAAUCUUAAUUCAUAAACAAACAAAAAUAUAUAUAAAAA